GAGCUGAGCGGGGGCACUGCGGCGCAGCAGCAGGCAGCGUGGGCCUGGGCCAGUGUCUCUCCAACUAUGUGAGUGGGAGGUUGUCUGCGCGCUGCUCCCUCACCCGCACACGUGGAACACUUUUUUCCACGUAAGGCCUUAGCUUGUUAUAUGUAACAAUCUUUUCAUUGACUACAGUGCUCCCAGAAACGUCUUCAUCUGUGCAGUGACUGGCAGGACAAAGCCACAGUGGUGUUGCCUCAUCGCGGUAUUAUACAAUAGUUUUACUUGGACCGUUUACUGAGAACGCCAGCUGGUGGUUUCCCCCAACGCCCGUUGUGUGAUCCAGGUGGCGUGGACUGCAAAUCUAACCUCUGCAAAAAAAGAAACAAAGGAAAAUUCUCGACCGGGAGCCAGCGUCAGGUGGUGUAAUUGAAGUAUGUGUAAAAAGGAGAGGUUGGCCGGGCCGCCCAGGCUGUAGGGCGGAGUGAGGGCGCGGGCGUGAAGAGCCGGAACUUGCAGAGCUUGGUAGUGAGUCAUGGCUGCAACGUGAUGGUGGGUGUGGCCAGUCCAUAAUAUGUAAUGAAGGUCCGUGGCUGGACGUGGGCCACGUCAUGGGCGGUGGUGGGCCUGUGGGCGUCUGUCACACUCCUGGUGGCCAUGGCCUCGCUUGCCGCUCUCUUCACACCCACGUGGUUUGUACGACAUUCACCCUCCCCUCCCGUCAUGUUCGGAGUUUGGGCCUGGUGUCGGGGCGGCCUCAACGAUCAGCGGUGUGCAGCUGUCGGCCAAGGUGUCGGGGACGCCGACGGUGCUUUGCCCUCCGCGGUGUGGGUGAUGGUGGGCGCAGUGUAUGGUGGAGGCGGGGCACUACUGGCCGUCACUGGCCUCGCUGCCCUCCUCACUCCCAUCCUUCCCACCACUCACGCACGCGCCGCACUCGCCCACGUCGCCGGCAACAUUCAGGCAGCUGCAGUGUCGCUGCAGGCCGUGGGUCUCGUCCUGUACCCGUUGGGUCUGGGAUCGCCCUUCGCCCGCCUUCAGUGUGGAGACUCUGCCUCCGUGUAUGCGUCAGGGAGCUGCGAGCUGGGCUACGCCUAUAUGUUGGCACUGGUGGCCACUGCCCUGGCGGCCUACUGUCCUGUGCUGGCCAGGCUUGUCACCUACAAGGAUUACACGGACUACUGGUCGAACCUUAACUAUAUGUGAUGUCCCUGUGUGCCCCGAGGUAACCUCGCUGGGCACAGUAAUGGUAACUCUCCUGCUGAGGAAUGUGACGGCAAAUUUUAGCAAUCUCAGUGCUGUUCAUAAAUAUCAUUGGCAAGUACUGGUGACAGAAAAGGAAUAUUUCGACCAACUAAUAAAAGCUUCAGUGAAUUAGUUGGUCAAAGUGCACAAACGAAAAUGCAGAAAAAUAUCAUGGUUAUUAGCAGACGUUUUGAACAGCACUUUCAGGGGUGUGAGAAAAGGGAACGUCAGAUGGAACAGUUUUUUGAGUUGGUGCGGUGCAACAAUGGGAGUCAUAUGACUGUAUACAAGUACGUUCAUGGUAUAUUAUACAACAAAGGUCUACGGAAGAUCUCGGUGACUGUGCCAUCUGACGUAAGAUGGAACAUCUUACUUCAGAAUCUAGAUGUAAGCGAGUGUGCGUUCAGCAGGUGAGGGUGAGUGGGAAGCCUUGUCGCACCUGCUCACUCCACUAGAAUUUAUAGAGAACGUGGAAGUUUCUGGCGACUCCUCAUUAUGCUAACUGGAAGGAAAUCGAGCAGAUAUUUCACUAAAGUAAAAAUGUACUAAAGUUAUUUGUGUACAUUUAUCUUGUGACGUUUCUUAAAACAGUUACAUUAUUCAGAGUGACACUCGCAACGUGUUCUUCGUGAAGAUGAACAUAUUUUACUUUCACGUGUUGGCACAACACAGUGGAGCCACUUACUGUUGGGAAACGAGCUUCAAUCACAUUCACAGAUUUGCAUUGACUGAUGAAACAUAAAACCAUUGAUAUGUCACAUGGAAAUUUAAACAACACCGAAGGAUUGUUUGAUUUAUAUAAUGUUUCUUCUCAGACACCGAAGUGUGUCUGCUACAAUAACAACUACUGAACCACAUUAUUGAUUUAAUGGCGCCAUCCAACUUCAGACUCUCAUAGUCCACUAGAUAUUGUGCCACACUCCUCCCUGUUGCGAACCUCUGGAAACCAGAAGGAAAUUAUUACUAAAAGUAAAUAAGGUAUUGCCCGUGAGAUGGAAGGAUGAUCCGGGAAAUAUCGCCCUGCUUAGUGGUCUGACCAAGAUAGAACUUGAGGAAAGCAUUGUGUUGGUGUGGUAGAGUUCAAAAUACUGAAUGGCGAUUUUAAUGAGUCAUGACUACAAAGAGGCGAUAAUAGAACUGUUGCCGAACAUUUCAUUAAGUGAGCAAAAAAUAAGUCAACGACACUUUAACUUGUUAGCUGUACAGUCAUUUAUUUAAUAUGUAUAUCAUUGCGCUUGAUACAAUGUAAUAGUUAAUGUGUUUGGACCCCAAGCAUCAUGCAGAAGACAUGAGGCGCCUUGUUUUAGAAAAAAUGACAUGGGAUGAUGGCGGCGUCAGUGUUGCAAGAGAUGUCACAAAGAUUUUGCAGAACAAAGAAAGGAAGUUUUCCGAAAGUUUGUGUGUGUGUGUGUGUGUGUGUGUGUGUGUGUGUGUGUGUGUGUGUGUGUGUGUGUGAGAGAGAGAGAGAGAGAGAGAGAGAGAGAGAGAGAGAGAGAGAGAGAGAGAGAGAGAGAGAGAGAGAGAGAGAGAGAGAGAGAUAUUUGUUCAUAACAAAUUAUAGUUAGAAAUACGUAGCAUAAUUCUCCACACUUCAGAAAAAGGAGGGGAAAAUGAAGAGGAAGGAAGAGGAAGAGGAAGAGGCACCAGACAACCUUGCAGUUUGGAGGAGUGCCGCGCCGCGUAGGAACACCGAGCUGCCCCUCACCCGGCCCCGCCAGGCUCCGCUUCGAGACUUGUGAGCGGGGUUACUUCCCUGCCGGGCGCACAGCCAGACAAAUAGGGUCUCAUUAGGAGUUAAUUGAAGAAUUUGCAUGUUGAUUCUAUGGUGAAUUUAUCCUGCGCAUCUGAGCGUAGACGCCGUCAGCAGCUCCAACACUUGUCAGGGGAUGGAAGCUGCUCCCUGCAACAGAUGAAGUGUUUCCAUUCGUUCCCAACCCUCAAGUUUUCGUUCACAAUGCUGUAAACUUGUAGACGUUAUAAUCUUACAUCCUCUUGUUGUCUCAGCCAUUACAGCUCAUUGUGAUUUUUUUUUCUUAUGAAAGCUACGUGUAGUAAGUUGUUUGAGCAACUUGUUUGACAGAGUCACGAAAAAUUCGUGGACUAAUGGCUAAGUGCAGCCAGUCAGUCAUCAACUACUCAGCUGUCUAGGUUUCAAGGACUUAAUGAGUGUAAAGUGUCAUGCAUCACAUAAUGUUCACUGUGUUGUUGUUGCCUCACGUCACUUGGCUCCUUGUGUCAUUGCAUCAUGUUUGUCAAUGUUACAGAAAAAAUACAUCCACAUGGAGCCUGCGAGUACUUGAAAAUAUUUUCUAAGUAACAUUCUAAAUUUAGUUUACAUUUGGGUGAGUUCAUCGAGUUGUUGGCUAAAAAAAAUAAGACGUUAUCUGUCAUAAGUCAUGUCACCUGAAUGAUACGAUCAAGGGCGUGGAGGAGCUGUCAGAGCCAGGUGUGCCGGGUUACAUGCGCCAUAUGGACACUAGUGGAGCAAACAUACUGCUCCUGAAGCGUGCUCAGACUUAACAUGAAAUUGAUGCAAACAGCAAGACUUUCAGCUUAGCUCUCCAUUACCACAUCAUUGGGAAAGGAAAAUAUGGUAUUAUUGCAGUGAAUAUAAUACAUCUUUUUACUGGCAUAGAUGUGUCUUUUAAUUCAAAUUUUUUUGCCCUCUGUAAUCCACUAAUUAUUGACUCACCCUGGUCACCGUCGCAUUAUUAUCAGAAACGUCCACACCGCCAGCAGCCUUCAUGUGUACAUAGUGAGUGGUGACUCUUGUCAGUCACCUACGUGAUGCCGCCGGCUCCACCUGUCCCACGCCUCGGGCCGCAGAACUUUUGAAAAUCCCUAUUCCAAGCCACUUUAUCAAGCAUGCACACACACACACACACACACACACACACACACACACACACACACUGGUGGACGGAUGCGUGGUGUCCUGAGAACUUGCCCGAGAAAGACACAUUUCAUUUCCUCCUUGACGCUGAGGUUCGUUGCUGAGGACCAGGAGAUCGAAUAUAUCGAAUGCCAAAUAGUAACCGCUAGUCAUGACCGCGGCGCAAGGGACGACCUCUGCCCGUCGAGCGUCACCAGCGUUGUCAGUAAUGUAUUACAAAUAUAGCCAGUCAUGAAUGACCUUGGGUACCUCAGGAAGCUAUAGAGGAUGAGGCUUUAUCUUAGCGAAGUCCGACGUUGUCCGUGGGGAAGUGAGAGUGUACAAGCAACAGCCAUCACUCCUUCAGUAUUCAAUUUCUAGUGUUUUGUAAGCAUUAAAAAAAUCAAUGUACAAGAGUAUUAAUAUGAAGAGGUUAUUUUUUCAGUCGUGUCACAACUUCACUCUCACUCGUCACUUCAACGUCGGCUCUCUAAAUGGCUUUUGUAAGAAAGCUGUACUACAUAUCUUUUUUGUAAUAUUAUGGUAGGCUAGUGCUGUCCUAUGUGACGCCAAAGACGCUCGGAUACCGGCGUCUGUGUGAAAACAAGUAAUGAGAUAAUUUUAAGUGUCAUUAAUAUUGGUUCAGAGUAAUUUUCUGAAGAAAGUGUUAUCUGUAAGAUUAAGUACUAUUCUAAUAUAUAGGAAAACGUUUUAUAACCAAAAUAUGAAAAUAAAUUAGAUAAUAUGUGUC